GCUAUAAAAAGCGGCGGCUCGGGCUGGCAGCUCCGAGCUAGCUAGUAAGCCAGUGAGCGCGCGGAGCCGAGCUAAGAGCGCCCGCUGCGCAGAGUGGCAGUGGUCUGGUGCCGGGGGCGCACUGUACCGAGUGAGGCCCGGAUCUGCACUUCACUUCCCGCGAGCUCUCGUCCCGUUUGCUCACGCUCGGGGGCUCGACGCGUGGGAUCAGAUACCAGACUCCGGGAUGCUGCACUCCAGGUCCCCGAGGCGUGGCACUGUCUCGGUCAUCAGCCGUAGGGAGCAUGCUGUCAGACUGAAGGCUGCUGGGAGGCACCAUGUCUCCCUUAAGGUCGUGCUGGCCAUGAACUGGCUCCUCCUAGUCGACUUCUCAGGGGCCACGUCGGCAGGGGCAGCUGAAUGUCCUGACCAGAACCCUGACCUGCAGCCUUGGAGCCCUGGCCAUGACAGAGACCAUCACGUAUACAUCGGUCAGGGCAGGAAUCUACUGCUCACCUCCUCUGCUACCGUCCACUCCAUCACCAUCUCGCAGGGAGGCAAGCUUGUCAUUAAAGACCACCAUGAGCACAUCGAGCUGCGUGCCCGGCACAUUCUGAUCGAGGAUGGCGGAGAGCUGCACGCUGGGAGUGCCCUCUGCCCUUUCGAGGGCAAUUUCAGUAUUGUGCUGUAUGGAAGGGCUGAUGAAGGCAUCGAGCCCGACCCUUACUAUGGCCUGAAGUACAUUGGAGUGGGCAGAGGAGGCACUCUUGAGUUGCACGGACAGAAAAAACUCUCCUGGACAUUUCUCAACAAGACCCUUCGUCCUGGAGGCAUGCAGGAGGGAGGAUAUUUUUUUGAAAGGAGCUGGGGUCACCGUGGAGUCAUUGUUCAUGUCAUUGACCCCAAGUCAGGCACAGUUGUCCAUUCUGAUAGGUUUGACACCUACAGAUCCAAGAAGGAGAGCGAACGUCUGGUCCAGUAUUUGAAUGCGGUGCCUGACGGCAGGAUCCUUUCUGUCGCAGUGAAUGAUGAAGGCUCGAGGAACCUGGAUGACACGGCCAGGAAGGCAAUGACCAAACUGGGCAGUAAGCACUUCCUACAUCUUGGAUUUAGACACCCUUGGAGCUUCAUCACUGUGAAGGGCAAGCCCUCCUCUUCAGUUGAAGACCACAUCGAAUACCAAGGUCACAAAGGCUCAGCUGCUGCCCGGGUUUUCAAACUCUUCCAGACAGAGCACGGCGAACAUUUCAAUGUUUCUUCAACCAGCGAAUGGGUUCAAGACGUGGAAUGGACGGAGUGGUUCAACCAUGAUAAGGUACCUCAGAGCAAAGGUGGGGAGAAAAUUUCAGAUCUCCGAGCGGCUUACCCAGGAAAAAUCUGCAAUCGACCCAUUGACAUACAGGCCACAACAAUGGACGGAGUUGCCCUCAACACUGAAGUUGUCUACAAAAAUGGCCAAGAUUACAGGUUUGCUUGCUACACCCGGGGCCGAGCCUGCCGCAACUACCGAGUACGAUUCCUAUGUGGGAAACCUGUGAGGCCCAAGCUCACGGUCAGCAUCGACACCAACGUAAACAGCACCAUCCUGAACCUGGUGGACAAUGUGCAGUCCUGGAGGCCUGGAGACACCCUGGUCGUCGCCAGCACUGACUACUCCAUGUACCAGGCGGAAGAGUUCCAGGUUCUCACCUGCAAAGCCUGUACCUCUACGCAGGUCAGAGUGGCAGGGAAGCCACAGUACCUACACAUUGGGGAGGAGAUUGACGGUGUGGACAUGCGGGCUGAGGUCGGGCUCCUGACUCGGAACAUUGUGGUGAUGGGAGAGAUGGAGGACCAAUGCUACCCCUACAGCAGCCACAUCUGUGACUUCUUUGACUUCGAUACCUUCGGGGGUCACAUCAAGUUUGCCCUGGGGUUUAAAGCCACCCACUUGGAGGGCGUGGAGCUAAAGUACAUGGGGCAGCAGCUGGUGGGCCAGUACCCAAUUCACUUCCACCUGGCUGGCGACCUGGAUGAGCGGGGAGGCUAUGACCCACCUACGUACAUCAGGGACCUCUCCAUCCACCACACCUUCUCCCGCUGCGUCACUGUUCACGGCUCCAAUGGCCUUUUGAUCAAGGAUGUGGUGGGCUAUAAUUCCUUGGGCCACUGCUUCUUCACUGAAGAUGGGCCAGAGGAACGCAACACUUUUGACCACUGCCUCGGCCUCCUUGUUAAGUCGGGGACCCUCCUCCCAUCAGAUCGGGACAGCAGGAUGUGCAAAGUGAUCACGGAGGACUCGUACCCAGGGUACAUCCCUAAGCCCAGGCAGGACUGCAAUGCUGUGUCCACCUUCUGGAUGGCAAAUCCCAACAACAACCUGAUUAACUGUGCGGCUGCAGGGUCCGAGGAAACGGGAUUCUGGUUCAUUUUUCACCAUGUGCCAACGGGCCCCUCAGUGGGAAUGUACUCCCCGGGUUAUUCCGAGCACAUUCCACUGGGAAAAUUCCACAACAACCGAGCACAUUCUAACUACAGGGCUGGCAUGAUCAUAGACAAUGGAGUCAAGACGACGGAGGCCUCAGCUAAGGACAAGCGGCCCUUCCUCUCCAUCAUCUCUGCCAGGUACAGCCCUCACCAGGAUGCAGACCCCCUUAAGCCCCGGGAGCCAGCCAUCAUACGCCACUUCACUGCCUACAAGAACCAGGAUCACGGAGCCUGGCUGCGGGGUGGGGACGUGUGGCUGGACAGCUGCCGGUUUGCUGAUAAUGGCAUCGGCCUGACCCUGGCCAGUGGUGGAACCUUCCCAUAUGACGAUGGCUCCAAGCAGGAGAUAAAGAACAGCUUGUUCGUUGGCGAGAGUGGCAACGUAGGCACAGAAAUGAUGGACAACAGGAUCUGGGGCCCAGGUGGCUUGGACCACAGCGGAAGGACCCUCCCCAUAGGCCAGAAUUUUCCGAUUCGAGGGAUUCAGUUCUACGAUGGUCCCAUCAACAUUCAAAACUGUACCUUCCGCAAGUUCGCGGCCCUCGAGGGCCGGCACACCAGCGCCUUGGCCUUCCGCCUAAACAAUGCCUGGCAAAGCUGCCCCCACAACAAUGUCACCAACAUUGCCUUUGAGGAUGUCCCGAUUACUUCCAGAGUGUUCUUCGGAGAGCCUGGGCCCUGGUUCAACCAGCUGGACAUGGACGGGGACAAGACAUCUGUGUUCCACGAUGUGGAUGGCUCCGUGUCCGAGUACCCUGGCUCCUACCUCACUAAGGAUGACAACUGGCUGGUUCGGCACCCAGACUGCAUCAACGUCCCAGACUGGAGAGGGGCCAUCUGCAGUGGGCGCUAUGCACAGAUGUACAUCCAGGCCUACAAGAGCAGCAACCUGCGCAUGAAGAUCAUCAAGAACGACUUCCCUAGCCACCCCCUCUACCUGGAGGGGGCCCUCACCAGGAGCACCCACUACCAGCAGUACCAGCCGGUCGUCACCCUGCAGAAGGGCUACACCAUCCACUGGGACCAGACAGCCCCGGCUGAGCUUGCCAUCUGGCUCAUCAACUUCAACAAGGGCGACUGGAUCCGAGUGGGGCUCUGCUACCCAAGGGGCACCACCUUUUCCAUCCUUUCAGAUGUUCACAAUCGCCUGCUGAAGCAAACGUCCAAGACCGGGACCUUCGUGAGGACCCUGCAGAUGGACAAGGUGGAGCAGAGCUAUCCCGGCAGGAGCCACUACUACUGGGAUGAGGAUUCUGGGUUGCUCUUCCUGAAGCUAAAAGCCCAGAACGAAAGAGAGAAGUUUGCCUUCUGCUCCAUGAAGGGCUGUGAGCGAAUUAAGAUCAAAGCCCUCAUCCCGAGGAAUGCGGGUAUCAGCGACUGCACAGCCACCGCUUACCCCAGGUUCACCGAGAGGGCCGUGGUGGAUGUGCCGAUGCCCAAGAAGCUCGUUGGAGCUCAGCUAAAGACAAAGGACCACUUCCUGGAAGUCAAGAUGGAAAGUUCCAGGCAGCACUACUUCCACCUUCGGAAUGACUUCGCGUAUAUCGAAGUGGAUGGCAGGAAGUACCAUUGCUCAGAAGAUGGGAUCCAGGUAGUGGUGGUUGACGGGAACCGAGGUCAUGUGGUGAGCCACGGAAACUUCAGAAGUGCCAUCCUGCAGGGUAUACCCUGGCAGCUCUUCAACUAUGUGGCAGCUAUCCCUGACAAUUCCAUAGUUCUUAUGGCAUCCAAGGGCAGAUACGUCACCAGAGGCCACUGGACCAGAGUGCUGGAAAAGCUUGGGGCAGACAAAGGUCUCAAGUUGAAAGAAAAAAUGGCGUUUGUCGGCUUCAAAGGCAGCUUUCGACCCACCUGGGUGACUCUGGAGACUGACGAACACAAGGCCAAAAUCUUCCAAGUGGUGCCCAUCCCAGUGGUGAGGAAAAAGAAGUUAUAAGGACAGCUGCCACUUGUCAACACCCCAGGCUGGACUCCUACGGCAGCCAGGGACAGAAUGCCUGGGUCCCCUGGCUGUCAGCCCCACUCGGCUAAGGCACAGAUAUCAAAGACCUCGGUGCUGCCACCUGCCCCCAACUCAAGUCUACCUGCAGCAACCCGGGCAGUGUUGGCUGAUGCUAUGACCUCCUCUUGGGUGCUUCUCUCCUGUCUGUGCCUCAUCAGGAGAGGCUCGGGGACCAUACAAAGAGACCUGGGUUGUGCUGGCAGCAAACAGCCACUGGGGCAGGAGUCUGACCCCAGAUAGGAGGGGGUCCAGAUGAUGGGACCACUCCCAGAUUUCCACAGCCACUUGCGGACACAUUAAGUGGCGGAUGGAGGGAAGGCCAUCUUUACUCCUGUAAGCGUGGAUAAGGCUUCUUGGGGUUAGGAGCUGGCGUGCAGACAGAGCUGGUCAGAGUGGCAGACUCUGCUGGGGAGGAGAUGGAGUCCUCUGGUUCGAAGAGGCUCCCUUUUCAAAAGACUUCAGCUGGUACAUUGCAGUGGGACUAGGUGGCUCAUGGUGGCCCUUCCUGAGAUUGCAGAACUCCACAGUGUUUUGCUCUGUGCCUCGAGACCAGCGGUAGAAGUCAUCAUUGUAGCUGACAUCUCUGCCGUGAAUGCCCUUGAUACAGGGGAUGGAGAGGCGAGAGCUCACACUUGGGGGGGGGGGGGAGCUGGGCUCAGCAGGUGACAGGCAGCCAGGUCUUUGUACACUCUGACACCAGGAUGAGAAUCCAGAAAGAAAGUGAUGCGGUUGACAAGUGGUAGAUCAGAGAAGGGGAAGUUCACACUACCCAGGAGCAUGGGGGGAAGGCUCCUUCUGGGGUGCCAUGGUGCUGGCAGGAAGGAAGAACAGAGAUAGUAAAGAGAGAUGAGGUGGCCUCUGUCGUGGUUCAGAGGUGGAAGGCUUUCCUGCCACUGCCUGUAGCCUCUGUGUCACGGCAAGUUACCGUCUGCCUUCCAUGGCUGACCCACUUGAUAGAGAAGCAGGGUCGGCAGAGGGAAAAGAGCUGAGCUGUGGUACGCAGAACCUAGUUCACAGUGGUCUCCAGCUAGCCCCCUCUGACUCUAAGAGAUGGGGGAGCGAAGUUCACAGACCUGAGCCUCUACAAUGGGCCUCCAGAGUCUACUCUCCUCCAAGAGUGGAGUAGACAACUCCAGGAUAUCUGAGCAUGCUCACACCCUGGGGUGUCAGAGAUUUCCAGAGAGGGCCUUGGGGACCCCUCGAGGACCACCUAGUUCAGAGCUUUGCACCUACAUCUAAGGAGAGUAAGACCCGAGAUGGGGAAGAACCACACGACCAGAUCCAUGAACCCCAAUCUCAGUAUACACUGCCACAUCAUGGCGCCUCAGCAGCUAGCCCGGGGUGUCCAGUGCUGAAGGAGCUGCCGGAAGGGGGCAUAUCCCAUGCAGCGGGAGAAGAAGCCAGAAUAGAAUGAUCUUUUGUAAAGGGCUUUUUCAUCUUGCACCUCAGUGCACACUGCCCGCUCUCCUCCAGGCAGUAACCCUGCCAUCUUCUCUUUCUUCAUACUGCCUGCCUCCCUUGGGCAUGGGCUGCUCAUGACUGUGGAACCUUCUUGGUGCUAUUGUAUUCCACAGUGGUGCUGGAAAGCCCAGUGGCUAUCAUCCGGAUAUGCCAAUGCUCUUCUGGUGGGCCAAAUUGGCUUUUCACGGGGAUCUGAGUGUGGUUGGUUUCAGCCCAGGGUCUCUCAGCUAGUGUGCACCCUGUCUGAGCAAAUAGCUCGGAUGAGCAGAAACUAUCCAUGUUUGAUGCUCUUCUGGGGUAUCAGGUGUUCCCUGGGGUUCAUGAAUGGCAUGGGUCCCCUUUCCUUCCCAACCACAAAUUCUUUCCAAGACUUUCUUGGUCCUCUUCCCCCAGCGGUGCCAAGGAGCCUUAUUCCCAGAGCCCACUCCCCAGGCUGAGCCAAAUCCCAGAGGGUCUUUCCCACUGAAGGGACCCAGCGUCUUAAGACAGGGUUGCUUCAGUGGCCAACAUCAGAGGAAAGACCUCUUCUGGGGAGAUGUGUGGGAGCGGGGAAGGGUAUAAAAGUGACCUCAUCUUUUUCUUGUUGAAGCUUCAUUGAAUUUUCAAUGCGAGGGGCUCACAUCGUGAGCCACUUAAGAUACGAUCAGUUUCCGGUGGCCGUGAAUGUUGAAUGUCUUUGGCUCGGUUCAUUUCAGCAAAUACCUAUUGGAAAGUUCUCCAGAUUUGUACAUAUAUUGAACAGUCGGGGUUCUGUACAGAAAGGGUUCUUUCCUAAACCAUACACCAAGAGUCCCUGUCCAGGCAUUUUCUUGGUAGUACAAAUGUCUUUCUUGCUUAGAAAGUUGCUUUGUCUCUUCUGUUCAUCAGCAUUGCCACUGAUUUGGGGGCCUUUGAUUGAAAGGCUCCUGAAGGGCUUAUCUUCUUUCUGUUGGCUAAAUAGCUGGCCCUUUCUCAGAAAUUGGAUGUACAGCAUGUUUUGUAUGUAAAUGUUUCUUGUAGGUGUCACCAUGAACAAAGGUCUAUUUUCUAUUUAUUUAUUAUAUAUGUACUUCAAGAAGUCACUGUCAGAGGAGUGAAGAAUCAUCUUAAGUAUUCUGUCAGAGGAUGUCCUUUGGAGCACUGGGAAGGGGUGUGCCCAGAGCUGAGGCCUUCAGCUCUGGUCUGGAAAAAUUCUGCUGUACCAUAUGAAACAUAUAAAAAAUGUCAUUGUC